AUGAACUUCUUCUUGGAAACAUUGAAAGUCACUGGACUUUUUUUUUACUACUUGCUGGAGUCACUGGUGUUCCUCAUUGUGCCUAGAAGGAAGAAGGAUGUCAGUGGUGAAAUUGUGUUGGUAACAGGAGCAGGAAGUGGCAUUGGAAGACUCUUAUCUUUAAAGUUUGCCAGCCUUGGAUCCACGGUGGUUCUCUGGGACAUUAAUGAAGAGGGGCUGAAGGAGACAGGUAAACUGGCCACUAAAAAUGGAGCAGCGAGAGUGCACACUUAUGUCUGUGACUGCAGCAAAAGGCAGGACAUCUACAGGGUAGCUGAUCAGGUUAAAAAAGAAGUUGGUGAUGUUACCAUCCUCAUCAACAAUGCUGGCAUUGUCACUGGGAAGACGUUUAUGGAUUCUCCAGAUUCACUUGUGGAAAAAACCAUGGAAGUGAACAUAAUGGCACACUUCUGGACUUACAAAGCCUUCCUGCCAGCGAUGAUAGCCUCAAACCACGGACACUUGGUUAGCAUCGCAAGUGCUGCAGGGCUGGUUGGAGUCAAUCGGCUCUCAGAUUACUGUGCAAGUAAAUAUGGUGCAGUUGGCUUUGCAGAGUCGAUUGCCCUAGAGAUGAGAGAUAUGGGGAAGAAUGGUGUCAAAACCACAGUUGUGUGUCCUUUUGUCAUAAACACAGGAAUGUUUGAUGGCUGUGAAGCCAAGUGGCAAACUUUGCUUCCCAUUCUGGAGCCAGAGUAUGUGGCUGAGAAGAUAAUGACAGCAAUUCGGCAGGACCAGGAAAUUCUGGCGCUGCCACGCAGUGUUUAUUUCUUAAUAGCUCUGAAACAUAUGCUACCAGUGAAAGCAGCUGUUAUCUUUGCGGAAUAUUUUGGAGUCAUGAGUUUAAUGAAUGCCUUCAAAGGUCAAGGAAAGAGGGACUGAAGG